AUGCGGUCCGUAAUUACUCUCUUAUUAUUCUUCCACAUAAAAUAUAUCUUGGCAAAGUCAAUCGAGGUCGAUAAAGAUGUAUUGACAUAUUUAAUUCAACUUGGUUAUAGUAAAAGUCAAUGUGGUUCAACAUCGAAAUUAGCCUGCAGUCUAAGUUUGUCAUCAAUUAUUCGUGGAUAUCAAAAAGCAUUUGAUUUAAAAGAAACUGGUCAAUUUGAUAAAGCGACAAAAGAGUUGUUGAAUAAACCACGAUGUGGGAAUAGUGAUCUUCAACAGUCAUCCGCAUCACCAAUGUUGUCAUCCGCAUCACCAAUGUUAUCAUCAGUCAAAGGUAAAUGGAGCAAAAAUCAUUUGAAAUGGACCAUCGGUAGUAUAUCAUCGCGCAUCUCAGAUAAACAAACAGAACAAAUUAUUCAUGAAGCUUUUAAUGCAUGGACAAAAUAUAUUCCGUUAAAUAUCGAAAAAGUUUGUAGAAAUUGCAAAGCUGAUAUUGUCUUUGACUUUGCUCAUGGUGAUCAUGAUGAUGGUUCUCCAUUUGAUGGUCCAGGUCACACAUUGGCGCAUGCAUUUUUUCCAGAAGAUGGACGAAUACAUUUUGAUGCUCAGGAACAAUGGACUGAAAAGUUUGAUGGUGAUGGUUACAAUUUAUUUUUAAUUGCUGUUCACGAGAUUGGUCAUGCACUUGGUUUAGGCCAUGAUACACAUGAUAAAAAUUCGAUUAUGUAUCCCAGCUAUCAAUUUAUGGAGAAACAUAUUAUUCUUCCAGAUAAAGAUCGACGAUCAAUUAUCAAUGCAUAUGGAUCUAGAAAUGAUGAAAAGGUAAGGUAAUGGUAUUGGAAAAAUCAAAAAAGAUUUCAAUUUUGAUUAUAUAUAUACCGUUUGGUAAAACUGUCUUGAGGUUAGAGGGGGUAAGUCAGAGUACUAUAAGAUUGACGGGGGAACAUGUUGGAGUGUACCCUAUGAGAAAGGAUUUAAAAGCAUUCUAUCCUAUGGAGAUCUCGAAUAUCAAUAUCUUUGCCGCUUUCGUUGAUGUCGGAAGAAAGGUAGUGUCAAAGUUUUUCGUUUCAUGACCCUUUCCUGAUGUUGGAUGCAUCACAGCACCCUUCACUUCUGUCAAAUUUGUAAGAAUAAUAAGUUUUUAAUAGUCAAGAAUCAGAGAAUGGCCAAGAUUCAUUAUGCAUUAGCUCUCUCUAUUACAAAUAAAUCUAUUACGCCUGUCUUUCUCAUCCAGAUGCUCAUCUGAUAGAUGUCUCAGUGUUUCCAAUAAUUCAGUAAUACAGUGGUAGUGGCAGUUCUAAGAGGAGCAGCGAGAUGGUAGCUUUUCUCUUCCGAAAGUUUCCCGAUUUUUUGCAGCAAAGUUGAACAAAGGAUGAGCUUCGUGUUACUUCAGAUGGCCAGAAAAAACGACUUUUGAUUCGUAUUGACCUUCUUUUCGAAAAAGCGGCCCAUACAAAAAAGAGAGACCUUUCACUGCGGAUUAGUGGAAUCAUUCGGUUCGGAUAAUAGAUGUGAUACCCUUUUCUGUGGUACAGAGAGCUCACGUGUAUUGAAUCUUGGUCAUACUCUGGUUCGUUACUAAUAAAAUUGAUCGUCCUUGCAACUUUGACAAAAGUGAAGGGUGAUAUGAUACAUCCAUUAUCUGAAAGAGUCGAGAAACGAAAAAGUUUGACACUUCCGAUUUUCAGACAUAAACGAAUGUAGUGAAGAUAUCAAUAUGCGAGAUAUUCAUCGAGGUUUCGAUAGGAUAAAGAGUUUAAAAGUUAAAGGAACCGAAAAGCUAUGGGGAUAGCUUCAUGACACUGCUGACUUUCCAUCGUCCAGCCGAUCUUUCAGUGGUUCAUUUAGUCCGUAG